CCAUCCGAUCAGUCUCUCCUCGCUAGGGUUUUAGCCCGUAUAAGAGCACCCUCGCCACCCCGGAACCCCGACCCCGCCGCCUCGCGCCUCGCCCGGCCGCUCGCUUCCUCCGCAUCUCGGUGCGCUCCGAUCCGAAGAGAUGGCGGUGCCUCUGCUGACGAAGAAGAUCGUGAAGAAGCGGGUCAAGCAGUUCAAGAGGCCCCACCUCGACCGCUACAAGUGCCUUAAGCCAAGCUGGCGCAGGCCAAAGGGUAUUGACUCCCGUGUCAGGAGGAAGUUCAAGGGAUGCACCUUGAUGCCCAACAUUGGUUACGGCUCUGACAAGUCAACCAGGCACUACCUUCCCAACAAGUUCAAGAAGUUUGUGGUGCACAAUGUCUCUGAGCUGGAGUUGCUCAUGAUGCACAACAGGACCUACUGUGCCGAGAUCGCCCACAACGUCUCCACCAAGAAGCGCAAGGAGAUUGUUGAGCGCGCCUCACAGCUUGACAUUGUGGUCACCAACAAGCUCGCUAGGCUCCGCAGCCAGGAGGAUGAGUAGUCUGGUUUCCUGUCAUAAGGACCUACUGGAUCUUGUCAUUCCCAUCUGUAGGAAACUACUGUGCUUUGUGUCUUGUUAGUACUGAGAAUACCAGUUAUUCGUACCUUUUUGCUAUCUGUAGCGACUAAAAUGUGGCAGAUUCUGCAGUUACCUUGCAUCUAUCUUAAUUAUAUCUGCAUGUCAUGGUUUUGUUGGUGUCGUAUCUGUUGUGCUGGCAUUGGUUGAUAAUACACAGUGGUUUGGCUUA